CUCUCUCCUCUUCAAUUUUCCGUCUCUGUAUUCAUUCCUCCAUUGGGCCUCCGAAAUCCAAGUUGUGAUGAUCCCAAAUUUUAGUCCCUUUCUUAAGCUUUUGGCUUCUGGGUAUCGUGAUUGACCCUUUUCUGCUAUUACAAAGUGGUGAAGUUUCGAGACGAGAGUAGCAUCAUCUAAAUCGAAAUGGAUGUAAAAGGCAUUGCUUGGGUCGGGCGUUUGUAUGAAAAGUUCGAAACUAUGUGCCUCGAGGUCGAAGACAUUAUAUGUCAGGACACUGCUAAAUAUGUCGAGAAUCAGGUGGAAGUUGUUGGGGCAAGUGUCAAAAGGUUCUAUUCUGAUGUUAUGCAAGAUUUGCUUCCCCAAUCUGAAUUGAGUGAUGAGAAGGUGGCAGUUUGUAAUUCAGCUCUUGACAACUACGAAAACGUCGUUAUAUGUAAGAAACCAAUGGUCGGUAUGAAGAUAGAGCGUUCAAAAUCAACUGAGAACUCGAGAGGAACUGCUGAUACCAUACGAGAUAUUGUACAUCAGCUGCCACGUGGACCGAACCGUGCCAAUAAUCCCGAUUUGGUAUCUUCUCCAUAUUCUGCUACUAGAGCCCAAAUGGAUGUGUGUUCCAGAGAAAAGGAUGAUGACAAAAUACAUCUUAAGCUAGACCUCGAUGGUCGAGACUCUACGACAAAAGGAUGCAAGUCCGAGAAGAAAUAUGCAAAUGAUGCAUCAUCAUGCUGUGCAAUCUCUAAUCGAAAAUCUGAAGCUUCGAGCGAGCUGGCUGGUAAUAUGGAAACAACCAUGUCGGUUAAAGGCACGAGGUUUAAUUCAGCGAUGCAAAGUUCGAAUGAGACCGAGACGAAAUCUGAUGACUUAUUAUAUGAUGUUUCAUCAAAUUUCAUUGUGGAUGCUGAGGAGACAAGACUUCUAUCUUGUGGCGAUUCAUCAGCAGAGUUAGAUGCAAGAUCACAUUCUUGGAGUCUUGAUGAACUUGAGCUUGAACAUGUAACACACAACAUUCAACCAGCUGAUGAAACAAAUCUGGACGAAGAAGCAUGCGUCUUAGUGAACGGAGACGACGUUCAUUUCGAUUCCAACGAACAACUCAAACACAAACAUUACAAGAAGAAGAUAACCGGAGCAUUUUCUUUCACAAAGAAGUCAAGGAGGAAGCAAGAAUACAAAGAGCUUGCAGUGAAGCAUGGCUAUGGCUUCACUACCAUCCCAAACCAGCAACACGAACAGAAACUACCGGCCGGAGACGUCUCGGAACACGAUUGGCAGCUUCUCUAAGCUCGGAAUCGACAUUCUUGAAUGAACAGUAUGUAAAUUGCUAAGGUGAGAAAUCCAUAAGAACAAAUAUCAGAAGCAUUAUCUGUUGUCUUAUAUAAAAGUGGUAUCCUGUGAGUGUAUCAUAGUUAAUUACAUCCUAAAACAAUGUUACUUUAAUUCAUUUGCUUAUAAUGAAUGUUUGUGCAUAGUUUUCCAAGA